AUGAAGGCGAUCCUAGUCAGCUCUAUAAUCCUCUUCCUCCUAAUCGGGCCGGGCUUUUCGAGAGGGACUCUUCAUGGAAAGAAUAUGAAUUCUGAGGUGUAUGGUAUUGACUACAGAGGCCCAGAGACCCAUACAUACCUUCCACCACCAAAUCGGGCCGGGGAACGGCCCAUAAACCACCACCGGGCCAGCAUGGUCCGUAGCAAGCCCAAAAGAAGUGUAAAGAAAAUUGUGAGCUGA